CAAUAAACCUCUGACGCCUUCAUCCGGGAACUACUACGAACUCGUUCUCCAACAUGGCGGCGUCAGCUAAGAAGAAGAAUAAGAAGGGGAAGACCCUCACUUUGACUGACUUCCUGGCGGAGGACAGUGGAGGCAGUAAUGUAGUCCCCAGCUACCCUGCCAAGUCUACUAGUUGGGCUGAUGAGACUGAUGACCUGGAUGGAGAUGUCUCGACCUCGUGGCACACGGAGGAGGAUUCAUACCGGGCACCGCCCAUUGACCGCUCCAUCCUGCCCACAGCGCCUCGCUCAGCUCGUGAACCCAAUAUCGACCGGUCCCGCUUGCCCCGCAGCCCGCCUUACACGGCCUUCCUGGGCAACCUGCCCUAUGAUGUCACUGAAGACUCGAUCAAAGAUUUCUUCCGCGGCUUGGCAAUCAGUGCAGUGCGUCUCCCUCGAGAGCCCAGUAACCCAGAGAGGCUCAAGGGCUUUGGCUAUGCUGAAUUUGAUGAUGUGGACUCUCUCCUGAGGGCUCUGAGUCUCAAUGAGGAGAAUCUGGGAAACCGAAGGAUCCGUGUUGAUAUUGCAGACCAGUCUAAUGACAAAGAGAGAGACAAUGGACCUAUGGGAGGACGAGACAGGGGUGGCCGGAUGUCGGACAUGGGUCCCGACAAGACAGACAGUGACUGGAGGGCCCGGCCCAGUGCAGAUGCUGACGAUGGGCCUCCCAGGAGAGAUGAUGCCUUUGGAGAGAGAUCACGGGACCGCUAUGAGUCGGAUCGUUACAGAGAUGGGCCACGGCGGGACAAUGACCGCUAUGAAGGAGGAAGAGACCGCUACCGGGAUCGUUACGAUGACAGAGACCGCAGAGACUUCGAUAGGGGAGGUUUUGACUCUCGUGGUGGUGGUGGAGGUCGUCGUGCCUUUGGCAGUGGCUUCCGCCGCGAUUAUGAUGACAGUCGGGGUAGCAGUGAUCGUUAUGGUGACCGGGAUCGUUAUGGCGACCGUGACGAGCGGUAUGAGAGGCGGGAUGAGAGACGCGAGGAGAGAGCUCCUCAGCAGAGACCCAAGUUGAACCUUAAGCCCCGUAGCGUGCCCAAGGAGGAGGACGGUAGCGGUGGUGGAACUUCCCCAGCAGCGGCUCAGAGCUCUGGCAGCAGGGCCUCCUCCAUCUUUGGUGCGGCCAAGCCGGUUGACACAGCAGCCAAGGAGAGGGAGGUGGAGGAGAGGCUGAAGAAACAGGAGGAGAGGCUGCAGAGGCAGCUGGAGGAGGACAAAGGCCGGGCACCCGAAAGAAAGAUGCGAGACAGGGACCCAAGCUGGCGCCACGAAGAAUCUCAUACUGAGCGAUCUCGCACAGGAAGCGAAUCUUCACAGCAUGGAAGUACUUCUGGAAGAGGUUCCCGGUGUCGAGAUAGCGAGCGCUCUGGGGAGAAUGAGGUGUUCAGUGGACGAGAAGGUGAGCCCUCCUCACCCGGGUCCUCCCCCCAGCCCCCCUCCACCAGUUCCUCCAAGGAGCCGCUGAAGGUGAUGCCUGCACCUCCUCCAAAGGAGAACGCCUGGGCCAAGAGAAGCGCAGCCAGCACGGGCUCCAGCGAGGGUGAUGGACGACCUCCGACCUCUCCUGUCUCCCCGAGUGGUUCAGCUCCUCCCAAGCUCAGUUCUGCCGAUGAAAGAGGAUCUGAGAAAGAUGAGAACAAGGCUGAUGGUGUGCGUCGGGACCGGGGGCCCCCACGGGCACGAGGGGGGCCUGCAGGGCCUGGAGCAGGGCGGGGCCGAGGAGAGGGGCCCAACAGAGACCGAAGAAAGGAGGCAGACAGAAGGGAUAACAGAAGAGACCGAGACUCCAGACCACCCCCAGAGCCAAAGAAAUUUGAAGAAACCCCAACCCCCAAGUUCAGCUCAGCCAGUAAGUACGCCGCUUUGCUAAUGGAUGGAGACCAAGGAGAUGAUGCAGAGGACGUAGAAUAGAGAGCGAAUAACGAGACGAGGCCCGAAAGUGCAAGAAGAGGAGAAAAACGACGUCCGCAGAAAAAAAAAAAAAUCUCACAUAGCUUAUGAAAAAAACUUCUCACAUGGACAAGGCUCCUGGGAGGACAUCACUCCCUCCUUCCUUUCCUCCUGCAAACCUGUCCUUUACUUUCAAAACACCCUCCCUCCCCCGCCCCACCUUCAGGACUAUUCAGCUUCUUAAGAAUAGUCACAUACUGGACUUGUUUUAAAAUGGAAAAAAGGAGUAGCUGACACAUGGAAAACUGAUGGAUAACAUUGAAUUAAUUGUAAUAAAUAAAUGGAAAAAGUGGGGGAAAAAAUGAAUUUGUAUAUUUGUGAAUCACAGUUGUGGUAAUGUUGGAUGAUAUGACAGAAGAUGUAGUUUACUAAGUGGAAUCUGUUUUUUUAAUUUUUAGCCAUUUUUGAGUUAUUGACUUGCAUAAUUCACAGAUUAAAUGCAUAACUAUUCAUCAUAAGCCCUUUUUAUUCUUUAGUAAAUAAUUUAGUAUUAUAGAAUUAUUUUCAAUAAUUUUCUUAAAUUCAUUCAUGAAAAUUGGUGAAGAAUAUCCUGUCUUCCAAUACCAGCAGUCAUAAAUCCUGAGACUGGUUACUAAUUGAAAAAAAAAAUGUUUGUCAUUAUGUGUACACCAUUCAACAAAGUAGAGGACUGUGUCAUACACUAAAGUAUUGCAGGAGGGACUUGUAUGUCUAAAGAAAAAACGCCGUUACAAGAUUCUUACUCAUAGAGAAUCAAUCAAGUGCCAAUACUAUUAUGCCCAAUCAUUGUACUGACGUCUCUCUAUCUCUACACCUUCUGACAAAAUAAUCAAAUCAAUUAAAGGCUCAUAAUGGUCGUUUCCAGCCAUCUUAGAAAUUCUCCACAGCUGUCUAAGUCAUUCAGUCCUCCUGAAGUGAGGAAAACAAGUAUUUGGGGAAAGUCUGGAGUUGCCUAUAGCAGGAUGUGACGAGUUACAUGAGAUUACAUGAACCUGUCUUCCAAUUUGCAAUAAAUUGGGGUCAUUAUGUGCAUUGAAA